GCAAGCUUUGUGCAGCGCGCUUGCGCGGUGUGGGGGACGAUGCCGCUAUAAAGGCUUGUUUUGCUCCGGGUCCGAUGUUGGCGAGCGUGCCCGGGCGGUCUGCUCUCCCGCGGGGAGGCUGGGGUGCAGAAAUUCUGAAGUGAAAGGAAACAUCUGAGUCCUGGUUCUCCACUUGGUGAAGAUGAAGGAUAUUGACAUGGGAACAGAGUACGUCAUCCCCAGUCCCGGGUAUAGAAGUGUGAGGGAGAGAAGCAGCAUGUCUGGACAACACAGAGACCGAGAAGAACCCCGGUUCCAGAGAGCAAGACCGUUGGAAUGCCAAGAUGCCCUAGAAACAGCAGCCCGAGUUGAGGGCCUUUCUCUGGAUGUCUCUGUGCAUUCUCAUCUCCGAAUUCUGGACGAGGAGCAUACCAAGGGAAAAUACCACCAUGGCUUAAGUGCCCUGAAGCCCUUCCGGACCACUUCAAAGCACCAGCACCCAGUGGACAAUGCUGGACUUUUCUCCUACAUGACCUUUUCAUGGCUUUCUCCUCUGGCCCGAGUGGUUCACAAGAAGGGGGAGCUGUUGAUGGAGGAUGUGUGGUCUCUGUCCAAGUAUGAGUCUUCUGAUGUGAACUGCAGAAGACUGGAGAGACUGUGGCAAGAAGAGCUGAAUGACGCUGGGCCCGCCGCCGCCUCCCUGCGAAGGGUUGUGUGGAUCUUUUGUCGCACCAGGCUCAUCCUCUCCAUCGUGUGCCUGAUGAUCACCCAGCUGGCUGGCUUCAGUGGACCAGCGUUCGUGGUGAAACACCUCUUGGAGUACACCCAAGCAACAGAAUCUAACCUGCAGUACAGCUUGCUGUUAGUGCUAGGCCUCCUCCUGACAGAGGUUGUACGUUCCUGGUCGCUUGCGCUGACUUGGGCAUUGAAUUACCGAACUGGUGUCCGGUUGCGGGGGGCUGUUCUGACCAUGGCAUUCAAGAAGAUCCUGAAGUUAAAGAACAUUAAGGAAAAGUCCCUGGGUGAGCUCAUCAAUAUCUGCUCCAAUGAUGGGCAGAGGAUGUUUGAGGCAGCCGCUGUGGGCAGCUUGCUGGCCGGAGGACCUGUUGUUGCCAUCUUGGGCAUGAUUUAUAAUGUAAUCAUUCUAGGACCAACGGGCUUCCUGGGAUCAGCUGUGUUUAUCCUUUUUUAUCCAGCAAUGAUGUUCGUGUCGAGGCUCACUGCGUAUUUCAGGAGGAAGUGUGUAGCUGCUACAGAUGACCGUGUCCAGAAGAUGAAUGAAGUUCUCACCUACAUCAAAUUUAUUAAAAUGUAUGCCUGGGUCAAAGCGUUUUCUCAGAGUGUUCAAAAAAUCCGAGAGGAGGAGCGUCGGAUACUGGAAAAAGCAGGGUACUUUCAGAGCAUCACCGUUGGAGUGGCUCCUAUUGUUGUGGUGAUUGCCAGUGUGGUGACAUUCUCUGUUCACAUGACCCUGGGAUUUGACCUGACUGCAGCACAGGCCUUCACAGUGGUGACUGUCUUCAAUUCCAUGACUUUUGCUUUAAAAGUAACACCCUUCUCAGUGAAGUCCCUCUCUGAAGCAUCGGUUGCUGUUGACAGAUUUAAGAGUUUGUUUCUAAUGGAAGAGGUUCACAUGAUAAAGAACAAACCGGCCAGCCCUCACAUCAAGAUAGAGAUGAAAAAUGCCACCUUGGCAUGGGACUCCUCCCACUCCAGUAUACAGAACUCGCCCAAGCUGACCCCUAAAAUGAAAAAAGACAAGAGGGCUACCAGGGGCAAGAAAGAGAAGUCGAGGAAGCUGCAGCACACUGAGCACCAGGCAGUGCUGGCAGAGCAGAAAGGACAUCUCCUUCUGGAUAGUGAUGAGCGGCCCAGUCCGGAAGAGGAAGAAGGCAAGCAGAUCCACGCAGGGAGCCCGCGUCUGCAGAGGACACUGUACAAUGUUGACUUGGAAAUCGAAGAGGGCAAACUGGUUGGAAUCUGUGGCAGUGUGGGAAGUGGAAAAACCUCUCUCAUUUCAGCUAUUUUAGGCCAGAUGACACUCCUAGAGGGCAGCAUUGCAGUCAAUGGGACCUUUGCUUAUGUGGCCCAGCAGGCCUGGAUUCUCAAUGCCACUCUGAGAGACAACAUUCUCUUUGGGAAGGAAUUUGAUGAAGAAAGAUACAACUCUGUGUUGAAUAGCUGUUGCCUGCGUCCUGACUUGGCCAUUCUCCCCAACAGCGACCUGACUGAGAUUGGAGAACGAGGAGCCAACCUGAGUGGUGGGCAGCGCCAAAGAAUCAGCCUUGCUCGGGCCUUGUAUAGUGACAGAAGCAUCUACAUCCUGGAUGACCCGCUCAGUGCCUUAGAUGCCCAUGUAGGCAACCACAUCUUCAACAGUGCUAUCCGGAAGCACCUCAAGUCUAAGACGGUUCUGUUUGUUACACACCAGUUACAGUACCUUGUUGAUUGUGAUGAAGUUAUCUUCAUGAGAGAGGGCUGCAUUACAGAAAGAGGUACCCACGAGGAACUGAUGAACUUAAAUGGGGAUUACGCAACUAUUUUUAAUAACCUGUUACUGGGAGAGACACCCCCAGUUGAGAUUAAUUCAAAAAAGGAAGCUAGUGGUUCACAGAAGAAAUCGCAAGACAAGGGCCCUAAGCCAGGGUCAGUGAAGAAGGAGAAGGCAGUGAAGUCAGAGGAAGGGCAGCUCGUGCAAGUGGAGGAGAAAGGGCAAGGCUCUGUGCCUUGGUCAGUCUAUGGCGUCUACAUCCAGGCCGCAGGGGGUCCCUUGGCUUUCCUGGUCAUCAUGGUCCUUUUCAUGCUGAAUGUGGGCAGCACUGCCUUCAGCACUUGGUGGUUGAGCUACUGGAUCAAGCAAGGAAGUGGGAACACCACAGUGUCUCAAGGGAACAGAAGCACCGUGAGCGAGAGCAUGAAGGACAAUCCCUUCAUGCAGUACUACGCGAGCAUCUAUGCCCUCUCCAUGGUCGUCAUGCUAGUCUUGAAAGCCAUUCGAGGAGUUGUCUUUGUUAAGGGAACACUGAGAGCCUCCUCCCGGCUCCAUGAUGAGCUUUUCCGGAGGAUUCUUCGGAGCCCCAUGAAGUUUUUUGACACUACUCCAACGGGCAGGAUUCUCAACCGCUUUUCCAAAGACAUGGAUGAAGUGGACGUGCGCCUGCCAUUCCAGGCGGAGAUGUUCAUCCAGAAUGUGAUCCUGGUAUUUUUCUGUGUUGGAAUGAUCGCAGGAGUCUUCCCAUGGUUCCUUGUGGCAGUGGGGCCUCUGCUCAUCCUCUUUUCAGUUCUACACAUUGUCGCCAGGGUUCUGAUCCGUGAGUUGAAGCGUCUGGACAACAUCACACAGUCUCCUUUCCUCUCCCACAUCACGUCCAGCAUACAGGGCCUCGCCACCAUCCACGCCUAUAACCGCGGGCAGGAGUUUCUACACAGGUAUCAGGAGCUACUGGAUGACAACCAAGCUCCUUUUUUCUUGUUCACUUGUGCAAUGAGAUGGCUGGCAGUGCGGCUGGACCUCAUCAGUAUCGCCCUGAUCACCACCACUGGGCUGAUGAUUGUUCUCAUGCACGGACAGAUUCCCCCAGCCUAUGCUGGCCUGGCCAUCUCUUACGCCGUGCAGCUAACCGGACUCUUCCAGUUUACAGUUAGACUGGCUUCUGAGACAGAAGCACGCUUCACUUCGGUUGAAAGGAUCAACCACUACAUAAAGACUCUCUCUUUGGAAGCACCUGCCAGAAUCAAGAACAAGGCUCCUCCUCCUGACUGGCCCCAGGAGGGAGAAGUAACCUUUGAGAAUGCAGAAAUGAGAUACCGGGAAAAUCUCCCUCUGGUCCUUAAGAAAGUAUCCUUCACCAUCAAGCCCAAGGAGAAGAUUGGCAUUGUAGGACGAACAGGGUCAGGGAAGUCCUCUCUGGGGAUGGCCCUCUUCCGUCUGGUGGAGUUAUCUGGAGGCUGUAUCAAGAUUGAUGGAGUGAGAAUCAGUGACAUCGGCCUGGCCGACCUCCGAAGCAAGCUGUCCAUCAUUCCUCAGGAGCCCGUACUGUUCAGUGGCACUGUCAGAUCAAACCUGGACCCUUUCAACCAGUACACGGAAGACCAGAUCUGGGAUGCCCUAGAGAGAACGCACAUGAAGGAGUGUAUUGCCCAGCUACCUCUGAAACUUGAAUCUGAAGUGAUGGAGAAUGGGGACAACUUCUCAGUGGGAGAACGGCAGCUGCUGUGUAUAGCCAGGGCCCUGCUGCGUCACUGUAAGAUUCUGAUUUUAGAUGAAGCCACAGCUGCUAUGGACACGGAGACAGACUUGCUGAUUCAAGAGACCAUCCGGGAAGCGUUUGCAGACUGCACCAUGCUCACCAUUGCCCAUCGCCUCCACACAGUUCUGGGCUCUGAUAGGAUUAUGGUGCUGGCUCAGGGACAGGUGGUGGAGUUUGACACCCCAUCGGUCCUUCUGUCCAAUGACAGUUCCAGGUUCUAUGCCAUGUUUGCUGCUGCAGAGAACAAGGUGGCUGUCAAGGGCUGACUCCUCCCAUCUGUGAAGUCUCCUCCUCAGAGCAUUGCCAUUCUCUUCCUGGUUUGGGCCCUUCAUCCUGUCCUGCUGAAACCUUGCCUUUCCCAGUUUUAUCUCUUACACAACAGUUCAGGAUUAGCUGUGUUUCACUUUUAGGGAAAGUCAUAUUUUGAUUAUUGUAUUUAUUCCCUAUUCACUUAAAUGAAAUUUAGUUUUUGUUCUUAAUUGCACUCUUAAGAGGUUCAGGGAACCAUUACUAUAAAUGUAUCAGUGGCCUAUAAUGAAGCUUUAUAUGUGUAGCUAUGUCUAUAUAUAAUUCUGUAUAUAGCCUAUAUUUACAGUAAAAAUGUAAGCAGUUUAUUUUCUAUUAAAGCGAGCACUGUGCUAACAGCAGUGCACAUUCAUUUCUAUCGUUUUUGUACAGCUGACUGCACUAGAGAUCUCAUUUUGCUCUUAGCUGUAGGAAAGGCAGUGCUUCCUCUCUAGCUGGUCGUUUCACGGUGCUGGGCUCUCUGGGUGUCCAGAGGGAGCCACACAGCAGCAGUGGGCCCUCCAUAGCCUGCUCCAUGGACUCCCCAGUGGGAACCCCUGUAGCUGGGCUGCAGGAGGCCAUGCAGAGCACCGUGAAUUCUCAGGGCUCCUGCUUUCCUAUCCUGGUGUCACUUCCUGUCUAUGUCAGAGCAGUGGGGCAAAGCCUCGCCCCUUUUUCCUCUCAGGAAUGAGAACCCCAGCGUUCUCCAGAGGGGAGAGUUUCUUUCUGCCUUCCUCCUUCUGCUGUUGUUUCUAAGCAAGAUCCAGUCUGCUCCUGGCGUCCCAUGCUUCAGGUUCCUGACGCUGGCCACCAUAGAGCUCCCGAGCUCUUCGGCCAGUUGGCUCCCAGCCCUGGGGUCCACUGCUGCUGUUGUAGGUGGCAUUUUUUUUUUUUUUUUUUGCCUGACCCCACACAUCCAGAGUUCAGUGACAGGGCUCAGGAGUGUGGGGUCCGUUCUUCCUCACUUCAGUCUCCUCUGCAAAGCCUGCACCCCUCAGCAGCUCUUGCUAAUCAGUGUCUCACACUGGUAUAGAAGUUUUUUGUACUGUAAAGAGACCUACCUCAGGUUGCUGAUUGCUGUGUGGUUCAGUGUGUUUCUGCAGACCCCCUUUGUGCUCUGGGGCCCGUAGCUUGGGUGGGUGUGGUUGCCACUAUCAUCAUUCAAGUGGUCAGCGUUGCAUGUCAUGACCAACUAGACAUUCUGUCGCCUUAGCAUGUUUGCUAAACACCUUAUGAAAGCAAAAAAAUCUGAAAAAGUGAAUAAAAUUAUUUUGGAUUUGUAAAA